CUACGGUUAGAAAAAUAGUAGUGAAGUUUCAACUCGCAUAGGUUUUUGCAGUGUGUGAUGAAGAUAAAAAAGUAUUUAAGCAGAGAGGACUUUAAAGUUGCAGUGUUACUGUUGUUCGGUUACAAGCCCUCAAAGGUGGAGGUGGAUGCAGUAAUGUUUUCUGUGAAACCAGAAAAUUCAGGUAUAUUAUUUGAAAAGUUUUUAGAUCUCAUGAGUGCAAGGAAAGCUGCACAACUAUACAACAGUAAAACAAGGCAAAUAUUCACAGCUUUUGAUGUGCAAAGUAGAGGAUCUUUGACUUUUGAAGACUUCAGGAAAACCUUCAAUUCUGUUUCUCCGAAAAUAUCUGGAAGAGUCGUACCUGCAGCCUUCAGAAAUUUGCAUGUUCGUUUGGCUACUCCAGAAAGAAAUUGCACAAUAGUGUUGAGUAAUACACAUUUCCAUAGGAUUGCACAGGUCAAAUCUGCCUGGAACUCUUCAGAACAGUAAUUUGGAAUGAGAGUCCUUCUAAAUUCUCGUUUAGAUACACAUCCCUUUUGGAUGUUUCUUGUAACUCUCAGUGUGUAUCUUGAACUUCAUGUAGGGAAACAGAACUAAGACUUUUGCCUUAAAUUGUACAAUUGGGUUAAAACUGUAUGAAAAGAAAGCCAGAGGAAAUAUUUGGUGCAUAGGUAUUUGUCAGAUGAAUCAAUGUACUUGUUCCUAUCUUACCUCUACAGCAACUCUAACACUCAAAAUCAUGGUAUGGCUAAAAAGAGAUGUACCUGAUACAUAAAGCAAAAAUUUAUUGUUAAUAAAUUGAAAUCUUAGCAAUCUAGUCGAAGAAUAAUUAUUAGUACAAAUCUAAUAUUUACAGAAAAAUAAAACUAAAGAAGACUGUAUUAGAAAAAAAAUCUCAGUAAUAAUACAGUUAAAUACAUCAAACACAUUUCCUAACAUCUACUCCUUUUUGGCAUUAUUCCAAGUCUUUCACUGCCCCUUUUGGUUCUGUGGUGACAGGUUUAAGGUGGGCAGGGUAGGGUGAAUUGCCAUUAUUCUGACUUCAAAAUGAGUAACAUAUUUCUCAUGAAGGUGAUUUCUCCUCGCUCACUCCAUCAUGUGCUUAGGGUCAUUUUAAUGUGUCUGCUGACACACUUUUACACCUUCCUCUUUUUGCAUUGGUCUGCAAACCCAUGUUGUAUCCAAAUUUAUUAUAUAUGGCACAUACUACAUAUUUUAGAUACUUCUUUGCUCUCUUCUGUAAAGCUGUUUUGGGAUAGCUCCUGUGUCUGCGUUUCUUUAACUGACACUUGGUGAGUUGUUUAUAGUCUUGGUCCUCCAGUGUUAGCCUGUGCCCUGCAUUUUAAUACCCUAGGCCUAUAUUCUUCUGCUCUAUAUGCUGUCUUACUUCUGAAGGUCUCUGCUAUCAAGCCAGGUCUGUAUUUCUCAACAGUACAUCAUUAUCUUGAACUCAUAAAUAUUUCAUUUUACAUAGAAGAAAUUCUUGUUACUACUGUCUAUAUAAAACUGUGCUUAUACUGUAUAAACAUAAGAAGAACAAAUUAGGCCUAGCCACCUGAUUCUUAAAAGAACUGAUGUUAGAGAUAAAGCAACUAAAAAGCUCCAGGCAGGUCAAGCAAGCUCAGACCAAGUCUGACAAGUUUUAGUCCUCAGGCCUUGCACACUCAGUACAGAGUUUGUGAUCUGUUACUGUACUGUAUUUGCUGGAACACAGAGCUAUGAAAUACACAGUUAAUACGUUUGUUUUACUUUAACACUGCAUAUUCUUUUAUUAAUGUAUAAAGAUGAAUUGGUAAUAGCAUUUCAGGAGGGGGUGGUAUUAAGUGCUCUGUUUUAUAAAAGAAAAAAAAAUCGGCAUUGUUUCUGAGUACAGUAAGUGGGCAUUUUUAUUUUUUACUUUUAAUUCCAUGGGAAUAAGACCAAAUAUAUUCUCAUCUCUUCCUGAUAAAACAGUUUUAGUGUA